AAGUUUGGCAACAUUGUGAAAAAAGCAAACACGAGCCGCAUUACAAACAUCACGCAGAAUUUUAGAGGAAAACAUUGAAUAGUGUUUAAAUAAUUAAAUUAAUUUCUAAAAUAGAUACACAAGGCGCAUAUUUGCAUAUAUUAAAACGAACUACACUUCGUGCCUCCCCAGAACGCAUUGUAAAUUGCGGAAAAAUCGAGAAUCAGUUUAGUACCACGCAGACGCAAAACAACAACGUGCCGCGUGUAGCCGCACUGCCAGUUAUUCCCAAAACAGUAAAUAUUAGCCGCAGCACUGAAUUCGUGCCACGCACCACUUCCCUUAGUCCACAGGAUGGUACCAAUCGGUGCUGUACAUGGUCACCCGGGCGUACAUCCGCCACAGCCGAUGCCUACGGCACCUACGGGCCCUAACACAUUGCAGUCUUCGUCUUCAGCCACUUCCAACACCCCGUCAAAUAAGAGUUCACUUUCGGUGAAACCCAAUUAUGCCCUGAAAUUUACCUUGGCCGGUCACACAAAAGCCGUAUCUGCUGUUAAAUUUAGCCCAAAUGGAGAAUGGUUAGCCAGUUCAUCGGCUGAUAAAUUGAUUAAAAUUUGGGGCGCUUAUGAUGGUAAGUUCGAAAAAACCAUCUCCGGCCAUAAGCUUGGUAUAAGCGAUGUCGCCUGGUCAUCUGACUCUCGGUUGCUGGUAAGCGCCAGCGAUGAUAAAACACUUAAGGUGUGGGAACUAAGCUCGGGCAAAUGUUUGAAAACUCUGAAAGGGCACAGCAAUUAUGUCUUCUGUUGCAACUUUAAUCCGCAGUCUAAUUUGAUUGUUUCUGGCAGUUUUGAUGAAAGUGUGCGUAUUUGGGACGUUCGCACCGGCAAAUGUUUGAAGACUCUUCCAGCGCACUCUGAUCCUGUAUCAGCAGUUCAUUUCAAUCGGGACGGGUCCUUAAUUGUAAGUUCCAGCUAUGACGGCCUAUGUCGUAUUUGGGAUACCGCAAGUGGUCAGUGUCUGAAAACUUUGAUUGAUGAUGAUAAUCCACCGGUGAGCUUUGUCAAAUUUUCGCCCAAUGGAAAGUAUAUUCUGGCGGCCACUUUGGAUAAUACUUUAAAAUUAUGGGACUACUCGAAAGGCAAAUGCUUGAAGACAUAUACCGGACACAAAAACGAAAAGUAUUGCAUAUUUGCAAAUUUCUCAGUAACUGGUGGCAAGUGGAUUGUAUCUGGUAGUGAAGACAAUAUGGUCUAUAUCUGGAACUUACAGAGCAAAGAAGUCGUUCAAAAGCUUCAGGGUCAUACGGAUACUGUUUUGUGCACAGCUUGUCACCCUACGGAGAACAUCAUUGCUUCGGCGGCGUUAGAAAAUGACAAGACUAUCAAAUUGUGGAAAAGUGACACAUAAACGCACGCGAAUCAUAAAAUUCGAUUGUGUGCGAAUACAAAUAUAGUUCUAUUAAUUAAACUAGUUUAAGAAAUCAACCUCAGACGUUUACUAUGUUUUGUAAUAACAAAACCCUCAUACAUAAACAUUUCAUUUCUGAUAUCUGUACGAAAUUAAACUUCAUUCAAAUAAAGUUCUAAAACUGAUAUCAUACUACGCUUAUGCGUAGGUCAGCAGACUUGAAAGCAAGACUUGACGUGUCUGAAAGGGGACUUAUACG